AUGGCUGCCGACCCUCCGUCCACCUCGCAAGACCUUACGCUCACCCGAGCCCAAGCAAGUGACAUACCCUCAAUCCAAUCCAUGGUCAACGCAGCAUACGAGAAAUACAUACCCCGAAUCGGCAAACCUCCAGCGCCAAUGACAGCAGACUACACAUCUCUACUCAUAACCCACGACAUCUUCAUUCUACGCACAGCUCAAUCCCCCGUCGGCGCGCUCGUUCUCCAGCACGAACCUGACUCUGACGCAAUAAAAAUCGAGAACCUAGUAGUUGACCCAAGCGCACAAGGUCGCGGUUAUGGAAAGGUAUUGAUGCGCUAUGCUGGAGAGUUUACGCGGUCGCGAGGUUGCAGUGCGUUGGAGCUGUACACGAAUGUCAAGAUGUUUGAGAAUCUGGGGCUGUAUCUUAAGAUGGGGUUUGUAGAGACUGGGCGCAGAGCAGAAGACGGCUUUGAACGCGUUUAUUUCCGAAAGGAAUUGCAAUGA